CGUGGCUGAUGGGCCUUGUGUUUGUCUUUCAAGCUGAUCAGUGGCGGUUCGAUUGUCAGUGCCGAGGCAGUAUGGGAUCACGUCACCAUGGCCAACCGGGAGUUGGCGUUUAAAGCGGGAGACGUUAUCAAGGUGCUUGAUGCCUCCAACAAGGACUGGUGGUGGGGACAGAUCGACGAUGAAGAGGGCUGGUUUCCGGCCAGCUUUGUAAGGCUCUGGGUCAACCAAGAAGAUGGAGUUGAAGAAGGCACAAGUGAAGUACAGAAUGGACACUUGGAUCCAAAUGCCACUGACUGCCUCUGUCUUGGGAGAACCCUCCAGAACCGAGACCAGAUGAGAGCCAAUGUCAUUAAUGAAAUCAUGAGUACGGAGCGCCACUAUAUCAAACAUCUGAAGGACAUCUGUGAGGGUUAUUUAAAGCAGUGUCGGAAGAGAAGAGACAUGUUCAGUGAUGAGCAGCUGAAGAUCAUCUUUGGCAACAUUGAAGACAUCUACAGGUUUCAGAUGGGCUUUGUAAGGGACUUGGAGAAGCAGUACAACAAUGAGGACCCUCAUCUCAGUGAAAUAGGACCAUGUUUUCUAGAGCAUCAAGAUGGAUUCUGGAUCUACUCCGAGUACUGUAAUAACCACUUGGAUGCAUGCAUGGAGCUUUCCAAAUUAAUGAAAGACGGCAGGUACCAGCACUUCUUCGAAGCUUGCCGUCUCCUGCAGCAGAUGAUUGACAUCGCCAUAGAUGGUUUCCUGUUGACCCCUGUCCAGAAGAUCUGCAAGUACCCUCUGCAGCUUGCAGAACUGCUCAAGUACACGGCACAGGAUCACAGUGAUUACCGGUACGUGGCCGCUGCGCUUGCUGUCAUGAGGAACGUGACCCAGCAGAUCAACGAGCGGAAGAGGAGACUGGAGAACAUAGACAAGAUCGCUCAGUGGCAGGCGUCCGUCCUGGAUUGGGAGGGAGAGGACAUUUUGGACCGCAGCUCUGAGUUGAUCUACACGGGAGAAAUGUCGUGGAUAUAUCAGCCUUACGGACGAAGCCAGCAGCGCGUCUUCUUCCUUUUUGAUCACCAGAUGGUUCUUUGCAAAAAGGAUCUGAUAAGAAGAGACAUCUUGUACUACAAAGGACGGAUUGACAUGGACCGCUAUGAGGUUUUGGAUAUCGAAGAUGGACGGGAUGACGACUUCAACGUGAGCAUGAAGAAUGCUUUCAAGCUACAUAACAAGGAGACGGAGGAAAUGCACUUGUUUUUUGCCAAGAAGCUGGAAGAGAAACUGAGGUGGCUCAGAGCUUUCCGCGAGGAGAGAAAGAUGGUGCAAGAAGAUGAGAAGAUAGGCUUUGAAAUUUCUGAGAACCAGAAACGACAAGCAGCCAUGACCGUAAGAAAAGUCAGUAAGCAGAAAGGCGUCAGCUACUCCCGAUCCGUUCCUCCGACAUACCCACCUCCCCAGGAGCCACUAAAUCAGGGACAAUACUUGGUCACCGAUGGCAUAGCCCAACCGCAGGUCUAUGAGUUCACCGAACCGAAACGCAGCCAGUCACCUUUCUGGCAAAACUUCAGCAGGUUAACGCCAUUCAAAAAAUAAUAUAUAGAGCGAAGGGGGAGAGUUUUAAAAUAAAAUUUAAAAAAAAAUUAAAAAAUUAAUAAAAAAUAUAUUUAUAGAUGGACCUUUUUUGGAGAAGCACUGUUGAAACUUAACAUUAUAUAUAUAUAUGAAUGAAAUUUCAUAUAUAUAUAGAUAGAUAGAUACAUAGAUAGAUAGAUAUAUAUGAAUGAAAUUUUGAAGGACCAAAAACAUUUUUUGUUAUACUUGUUUUAGGGGGGAAAAAACCAGUAUCUGCUGCAUUAUUUUAGGAAGCACCAAGUAUUUCGAAUCAUGUAACUUUCUUUCUUUUGGCAUCAUUGGAAAUGUUGUUAAAAUUUGUUCUUGAAGGGUUGUUUUUUUUUUUUUUGCUACAGAAAUGGUGUUCCAGAAUGAUUCAUAUUUUGCCUUGUGCUCUGCCUAUGACAGGCUCCAUCCAGGACCAGGGAGGUGCAUAUUUGUUUUGAGAUUUCAUUUACAGACACUGUCUUCUAAAAGCAUCUGGGUGCGGGGAGAGGUGUUUAAACCCCUUCCUCUCCUAUAUCCCUUUCUCUCCGAGCGCCCUGGAUGGAGCCUGUCAGAGACCCAGGGAGAGAAAGAUCGAAUUCUCAUUUGUUCCUCUGGAAAGAGCUUGGCUGGAGCAACUACCUCGCCAGCAAUGAAUGUCCAGGAUUGGUUCAGUUUGGUUGUUGGGAAUGAGCUGCACUUUGUGCCCCAAAUUCUUUGGUUCUGAUCCAAUGCUCCUCUGUACUGUGCCACUGAUCCUUGUGUUGCUUUAAAUGCAGCGGUAGAGGAACGCCAGCUCUGCAGUUCUUCCGCCCUGCAAAUUCUCUGGAAAAGAGGGGGUUGCAGCCCAGAAGCACACAGGCAACUGUAUCCGACUGUGGGGUGGGAAGAGAGAUUAUAUGAAUUUUUAUUAUGCAAGAAAGUAUGCCUUUGGCUGCUGCUGCAGCAGUCUUUUUAAUUGCAAUCACCUCCUUUUCUUCCAUUCCCCUGUAAUGCCAAUUAAGUCAUUCCCCGUUUCAGUUACACAUUAUUUGGGGGUUUUGAUCCAUUUCAUUUGAAUUUUUGGGUGGUGAUGGGGGCAGAACGCAUUGCAAAAGCCUUUCCUGCAUCGUUUCAAAGAAUUUAUGGAAAGUCUACCUUUCCCAGCUGAUUCUGCUUCUCAGAAUCCUGGUCAGUUGGCCCCCUUGAGUGCUCCUAAGAUUGGGGCCAACAUCCAAGCGUACCCUAGGCCAGUAACGAUGAGCUUUUGGUUUGGGGGGAUGGUUGGCUCCAUAAUCCCAAAGCUUAUCCUUAUGGGAAAUGCAGCAUAUUUAAACGAAGUCAGCUCCUUUGCAAAAGAUGCCUUUUUGCGAGCAUCCUUUGGAGGACCACACGAAAUGUCAGAAACUGGUAGUCAAAGAGGCUUGGGGGUGGGUGGGGGGAGUAUAGCCAGAUUGUAGCCAUUGCUCAGCAAACAGGCAACGCUGCCAAGGAAUCCCCAGUUUUGAGAGUUUUGCCUCUUAACUCACCUGCUGUGGCCCAAACGGGAUAAAACUACCCAAAUAUUUAACCCCAGCCCCCCCCCAGGACUCUUACAUCAUAAAAUAUAUACUGAGGGAGAAGUUGCGUGCAGUCCCAUUUCUGUGCCCUAUAGAAUGUACUUUUUUUAAAAAAGAAAAUAUAUUUAUGCAUAGAGUCAGGAGACCUUAUACCAUCCCAGUCAAAUGAUUGUCCAGUCUAUUUUUGAAAAGCUCCAGUGAUUUUCCAACAUUGCAUUCUCUCAAUUAUAUUGCACUGUCUCAGAAUAAAAGAGUUGGGAGGGACCUUGGAGGUCAUCUAGUCCAACCCCCUGCUCAGGCAGGAGGCCCUAUGCUAUUCCAAACAAAUGGCUGUCCAGUCUCUUCUUAAAAACCUGCAGUGUUGA